AUGAGUUUUAUUAAAAAUGAAGAGACUGAGAUUCGUGAUACACCAUAUAUAGCACAUUCAAUCUGCAGCUAUAUGGAAGACGAAUCGCAGUCUAAACAGUUUUCAAGUCAAACAAAUUCGACUUCGAAAUCACGAGAAAGAUAUGUUAAAUUGACAUUCUCUAGAUUUGAUCAACCAUCCGAGGAAAAUCCAAAAAAGCCAGUGUUCAGUUCCAAUCUUAAACUGAAAACUUCAACAAUUUCCGACAUUCCUCCAAAUUCUCAAAGCGCUCAAUCAAAUAUAGUAUCUACUAAUAAAAACAAUAUUUCAAAUAAUGAAACUACUAAUGAUACUCAAAAUUCUCAAUAUAAUAGUUUUAACUCUAUUAAUUCAAGUCCACAAGCAUUUUAUAAGCGAAAACCAGAAUACAAUGCUAUCCAAAAGUAUACAGAAUCCAGAUUGCUCACGCAAAGUUCAUUUCAAGCAAGUCCUCCUCGAUCAAAGCAAUCUACAAGGAUUAUUAUUAAAAUGAAAGAAGUCCCGAAAGAAAAGAAGAAAGGAGAUAUGCAUUACGUUGAAAAUAUUGAUGAAAUUAUAGAUGAUACUUUAUCUGCACAUACUUUACUGGAAGAAAGCCUUCUCCAAGCGGACAAUAGGAAGCUGCAACAAAGCAAAUUAGAAAACUAUACCGAAAUUCCUUCAAAAGAGAUUUCAAAACCAACAAAAUCCAAAAAAUUAGAAAAUACUCCUAAAGAAAAGAAAGUUAACGAAAACAAUACAUCAAAACAAAAAUCUACAGUUGUCAGGAAGACCAGAAGAUCGCAAAUUAAAGCAGAUAAUAAAGAACAACAAAAUCAAACGAUUUCGAAAGAACAAAGAGAUACAAUGAUUGAAGAGAUCAAAACAGAGAUACAUAACAGACUCAGAAAUGAGAAUAAUGAUCAGUCAAAGGCUGAAAACGAAAAACAAGAUAUUGAAGCAGAAUUCCAAGGAAAUACUGUUGUAGAAACCAAACAGAUCAAUCAAUUGAACGCAACUAAGAUGGAUUCACCUAUUUCCAAGGUCAGUAGUUCUAAAAUCAAAACAUCUCCAAUGAAAUUAAGCGAAUUAGAGUCACCGAAACCGAAAUCAUCAUUACCUAAAAAGAAACAGUCCAAAACAAAUGAAAAACCUAAACUUCAGCUCCAAGAAUUUAAUUUAUCAAAUACCUCUAGAAAACAAACAGUUCAGAAGAGUAAACUAGUUGUAAGUGAUAGUACAUCUAAGGAAGUUGCAUAUAGAGCACCUCUUAAGCUUGGAAAGACUUCAAAUAUUGAUAUCGAAUUUCAUUCAGAGAAAGGAGAAAAAGAAAAGGCAGAUGAUCAUAUCGAUGAUGAAUCUGAAGAUUAUUUGAAGUCAGAUUCUGAUGAUUUUGAAGAAAUUGAAAAAUUCAUUCGAGAAAACACGAAAGAAGAAAAUAAACCUCCACAGAGCCUUGGUUUAGACACCAAAUCAUCUCAAAAGGCUAAUAAUAAGCAACUAGAACCAAAAUCUGAAGAAAUUAAAAAUAAUUCUCAAAAAUUACCAAAACCAUCAAAUAAAUCUGAACCAAUUAAUGACAACAAGCUUAUUGAAGAUGAUCAGAUUCACAGCGAUGAACUAAUUCAUUUAGAUUCCUUGGAAGAACGAAAUUCCGAAAUUGAAAGAAUCCCACAACCAAAAUUAGAUAAGAAAUCUGCAACAAUGAAGCCAAGAAAGUCAUUGCAGAAGAAUCGCGAGCAAUUCUUCGAAGAUUCUGAUGAAAUUAUCGAAAUUCCACAAAAAGUUUUCAAUCCAUUGCCAACAAUGAAGAAUUACAUCAAAAAGGAAGAUUUCUCAAACGCUCAGAGAAUUCCUCCAAGUUAUUUCACAAAAAUUGAGCUUUCUGACGAAAUUGAAUCAGAUCAGAACAAAAACGAAAUGGUCAGCGAUCAGUCUGAACAAAUUCCAGACGAAAUUCACUCUGAUCAGCUGAAAAAUGAGGAAGAAGAAAAAUUUGUUAGUGAUGAGUUCAAUUCAGAGGACAACAGGCUUAUAAUGAGUCUUAAACAUGAUAGCCCUCGCAAGUUACGUGAUUCUGAUGAGAGUUUGACUGAUUUUCUUCAAGUUGAAGCUCAAAUUAAGAACGACAACAAAGGAAUGGGCCUAACUUUCUUCCCAAUCGAACGCCAAAAGCCAAAAAAGGAAGAUGAACCAAAACAAACCGAGAAAACAAUUAAUAAUUUUUCAAAAAUCAUAUCUUACAUAAGAACGAAGAUUAAUGCUGGUACAGAGCUUCAUGCAAUCAAGUUAAGAAUGUCCCAGUUCAAGCACAACCACAUGUGCGUUUUAAUUGAUAAAGAUUCGACUAAUUUCAAAGGAAUUUACGUUCUGAACGAAUUAGAACAGAAACUGAUCAGAAUUUGGGGUGAAAACAUUCCAGAAACGAUAGAUCCAUCAAUGGUUCAAGCAAAUUACAUAUUUUAUAAUGAAAAGAAGGAUAUCGAGGAAUUCAAACAAGAUAACUUCACUCAGAAAACUGAAAUAGUUGCAAUUUAA